CAUUUAGCUAGCAGGCAGCUAGCUUAACUCGUCCUCCAUACUUGCGGUUGCACUCGAGUUUCGUGCGUAGCUGUGCGUCUGACGUCAGCCCCCUUAGUAACCCUCGGCGGCGUCUCCAGGAGAGAAGGCAACAAGAUGGGAUUGCUGUCCAUCCUGCGUAAGCUAAAGAGCACACCAGACCAGGAGGUUAGGAUACUGCUGCUAGGUCUGGACAACGGCGGGAAGACCACCCUUCUCAAACAGCUGGCAUCUGAGGACAUUAGCCACAUCACCCCCACACAGGGAUUCAACAUUAAGAGCGUUCAGUCUCAGGGUUUUAAACUGAAUGUUUGGGACAUUGGAGGCCAGAGGAAGAUCAGGCCGUACUGGAGGAACUACUUUGAAAAUACUGAUGUGCUGAUUUAUGUCAUUGACAGCGCUGACAGAAAGAGAUUUGAGGAAACGGGUCAGGAGCUGGCUGAGUUGUUGGAUGAAGAGAAGUUGAGCGGCGUUCCUGUGCUGAUCUUUGCAAACAAGCAGGACCUGCUGACAGCCGCCCCAGCCUCCGAGAUCGCGGAGGGUCUCAACCUGCACACCAUCCGGGAUCGCAUGUGGCAGAUCCAGUCCUGCUCCGCCCUCACUGGUGAGGGGAUUCAGGAGGGGAUGAAUUGGGUCUGCAAGAGCGUCAACUCCAAGAAAAAAUAGUUUUGCUUCUAGUCUUCUACUCAGGAGGAACAGCAGCACACACACACUGACACACAUUGCACCCUCCUGAGCCUUAGUACGAUGGGAUAUACCUGUGAAUGUAAACACACUACUAAUCCAACAUGGACUUGGAGUUUUUAACCCCCUGCAUUCUAUACAUUCCUGUAUCACUGAUGUUUACUAAUCUCAACACAUCUUCCUACGUUGGCCUCUACAAAGAGAAGCAGGGUUUUGACUUCAAAGGGAACCCAUGCCAGGAAAUCAACCUCCUCCACCCAGAUUACCCAUGUCACCGUCACUGUCCCAGCCAAUCCCAGCCACCAUCCACAGCCUGUCACAACGUCAAACAUUCCCAUUAAACUGCUGUCUUUCUUUGGAAUUUCAGCAUAUUCUUUAAACUCUUUAAUACACUUUUCACACAUCUUUUUCUCCAUCUUAUUCUUACAGGUUGAUUUUUUUUUUUUUUUUUUUUUUUUCAUUCCACAAUGGCUGUAAGCGCUUUUCCUGCUAUGGCUCUGUUUGAAGUGAGGUAUAUUUUUGUAAUUGUUUUAUUUAUGGUGAAGUAGAGUGUAGAGUGCUUUCGAACAACAACUGGUGUGGUGUGUGUGAUUUCAAGGGUGUUGGAGAAACGGUCCGACUCUUCCCACUAAAGAAUAAUACUGUACAUGUUAAUAUGUAUAAAAAAAGAUACAAAUUUAAUGGUUAAGAGGCACUACAUUUUUGGAUCAAAUGUAAAUAGCUCGGCCCUGUGUUCAUAUGUUACGUUAUGCACAUGUGAUAGAGUAUAAGUUACCCUGCUGUACUUUGUAGUCUAUAAUGUUUGCAUAUCUAAUAUAUGCCGGUAGAUUUUUAACAGAGGUAUAGUACUGUACGUCCCAAUGCAUUUCUUUGUGCUCUUUGGGUUAGUGAGGGAAUUCACUCUUUUGACGUUUCCUUUUGAUAUUCUUGAAUGUAAUCUGUCCAGAAUUGAAGGUACUGUAUGUGAAUAAAAAAGAUAAGAAAAAUCACAA